AUCUCCUGUAUGGGGGUUCACAAAAUUCUGUAAAAAAACCAGAUUACCACAAGAGGGAGAAAUAACAAUUGGUGUGAGAUUUAAUAAAGUUCAAUUUUCAUCUGAACGUGUUUCAACUCCACUUCCAUUGUCACAAUUCCCUUCAGAAUUAAGUAAAGCCUGGAAAGCUGAAUUAAAUCAACCUGAAAUAUCUGAUGUUCAAUUCAAUUUUUCAAGUUGUGAUGGAACGGAAUGUUCCACAUUAUAUGCAAGAAGUUCAAUACUUUCUGAACGAUCAAUAUAUUUCAAAUCAAUGUUUCAACAAGGAAAAUGGUCAGAAUCUAAGAAAAUUAAUAAGAAUGGUUCAAUGGGAUCAUCAAUAGGUAGAUUACUUUCAAAGAAAUCAUGGAAUGAUUGGUCAUUGGGAAAGUUUAGAAAAGUUGAAGAUUUAUUGGAAGUUUACAAAAAAUUAAAAUAUCCAAAUAUUUAUAAUACUAAAACUUCUGAUGCGUUAGUUUCUAGUUUUUCCCCAGCAAUGACUAUAUUAUUAGAUUCUACAAAAGAUUUAAAAACAAA